AUGGCGCCCACCGUUGUCGCCACGCCGACGGGCGCCGUCUCUACCAAAAUAAAACGCCCUAUCCCACCAGGCAUCCAAACCAACGGCGCCGCCCUGUCGCGUUCUUCUCCUUCACCUUCCAUGUCGGCUAAGCGCGCUCCUUCUUCGGCUGUUGGCCAGCCCUCCAAUCCCCCGACCGCGAGCGGGACGACGCCGACAUCCGCGCGCACACUCAAUAGGCAACGGCAUCCGCCAUCCCUAAUCAUCCAUCUGCACCAGACAUACUUCCGUUUUGACAAGCAAGAGGGCAUGUUUCCGUACCACUCACCCAUGAGGAUAUUCCUGGAACACCUGAGGUCUCGGACAGUGCCCCACGAGAUGCUUGAUCAACUCACCCAAGCCGGUGUGCCUUUCUACGAUGGUUGCUUAAUCGUCCAAGUUCACGACCACAAGUCUGUUGCCCAAGCCCGGGAUGUUGCCCGUCCGACAUCAGCCUCGAGCAAAACAGCCCCCUUCUCCAUCCACAAUUACAACCAGUACAUCACUCCUUCGGCCCAUGUGCCCUACCCCAAGGAGAACCUCCCGGCUGCCGGUGUCCCCGCCCUAGCCGCGGAAAAGACGGCCGAAGAAAAGGAUAAGGAGAACAUGCCGGCGCCCAGCGCACCCGCAGACGGGCAGAAGGGCAAGGGCACCGCGAAACCCAAGAUAUUUACCACGGUGCUCCAUCCUACGCAGCAGAGCCUGCACACCGAUCUUUCCAUCAAAGCAGCUACCCCCCGUGGAGCGUCCGAUGCCCGUGCGGAUGGGACCGUCCCUCCGCCAACGCCUCAUGCUGCCGUACCGCCCACGCCGACCGCCGCGAGCAUGCAGCCGCCAACUAAGAAACAAAAGCUGGAACGGAUGCAGCUUGAUGCCAGCAACAUCUACGAGGCGGAAGCCCAGAUCUUGCUAGCCACCACGGCACCGUUGGACUUGGAACCGACCAAGAAUGCCGAAGAGACAAUAGCCCUGCUCCAGAAGCAAGCGCACCCGGAUCACUCGCAAAAGCCGCCCCAACCCAAGACGCGGAAGCGAACUGUGGCUGAAAUGGAGGCCGAUGAAGCGCAAGCUGCGGGCCAGGAGCGGUUCAUGCUCAAUAUGGACGAGCGGCUAUCCUCGAAACUUGCUGGCGCGCAGGCCGCCGGCAAUGGUUCGGACGGGGACGGCCAGGCCGGUGCUUCGACUUGGGAACCGAGAUUUGAGCGGUUUAAACUCAUCGCCGACAUCAAGCGAGAGCACGCGGAGAAGAAGGAACUUGAGAAGGUUAAGCAGGCCGAGAACGAGCGGAAGCUGCAGCUCCAAAAGCAACAACAACAGCAGCAGCAGCAACAACAACAACAGGAGGCUGCCCUGCUCGCUGCCCAGCAGGCCGACCUGGAGCGUCAGCGAAAAGAUCAGGCCCUUCGCGAUCAGCAACGGGACCAGCAACGGCGGAUGCAAGCCGCCCAAGCCCAAGCCCAAGCCCACGCUCAUCAAGCGCAAGCACAAGCGCAAGCGCAAGCACAAGCUCACCAAGCACAAGUGCAAGCACAAGCCCAUCAGGCCCAGGUGCAAGCUCAAGCCCAAGUCCAGGCGCAAGCGCAAGCGCACGCCCAGGCACAAGCUCAGGCACAAGCUCAGGCACAAGCUCAAGCACAAGCCCAGGCACAAGCGCAACAGAAUGCGAACGCCUCAGCCAUGGGUACGCCCCACGCACAUUCGGUGCACCAAAGCCCCCUACCGGUGAGCAUGCCCGUAAACAUGGCUCAAAACCAAGCGCGAUUCCCUCAGGUCUCGCAACCGCAGGCAUCAUCCCCGAUCGUCCGACAGAACACGCCACAGACGGCGUCGUCCCCCAUGGGCAUGGCGGGAGUGGCUAUGCAGCACUCCAACUCGAACAUGGGGCAGGCAGGGAGCCCGGCGAGGCCGCCUUCGGUGGUUCAGAGUCACCCUAUGGCCGCGCCAAUGGCACCCAACAUGUCGGCGCGCGGAAGCCAGCAGAGUCAUGCGGGCGGGACACCGAGAAUGCCCAGCGCGACUCCGAAUAUGGCACACGCCACGCCCAUCUCACGGCCCCAGGGUGUGCCAACCCCACGCAUGUCGCAAGCCAGCCCGCCUCCGGGCAUGAUGGCGGGCGCUCAGCUCGGGCAUAAUAUGGUGAUGACGCCGCAAGGAAUGAUGCAAGUGCCAGUUGGGUUCACGGCGGCCCAGAUCGCUCAGCAGCAGCGUGUGAUGCAACAGCAACAACAAAUGGCACAAAUGCAGCAAAACGGCAUGAUGAACGGUGGACCAAACGUCCAGCAUCAACUCGCCCAGCAGCAACGCAUGAUGCAACAACAACUGCUACUGCAGCAACAGCAGAGAGGCGGUCAGAUGAUGAACCAGCCGACACAAGCCCAACUCGCCGCGCAAUAUUCGCAGCAGCUCAGUAACAUGCAACAACAGGUGGCACAGAUGGGUCAGCUAGGGCAGAUGACGCCGAUGCAGCAACAGGUUGCCCAGAGACAGUUCUUGGCUGCUCAGCAGGCGGCCCGGGGCCAAAACAUGAUGGCCAUGAGCGGCAUGACACCAGCUCAGAUGGCAGCCAUGCAACAGCUCCAGCUCGCUCAACAACAGCAGCAGCAGCAACAAGCCGCAGCCGCCGCCGCCGCUCAGCAGCAUCAACAGCACCAGCAGCACCAACAGCAUCAGCAAAACCAACAGCACCUUGCGCAGCAACCGCAGCCGCAAGGUCAGCAACCAACCCAACCUCAAAACAUAGGCUUCAGCCAUCCCCUGGUGCAGGGGCAGGUACGCAACCUUACCAACGCCUUGAUUACCAAGAACCUGCCGCGUUUCUCGACCCAGUUCAACGGCUUGCCGAUCCCCGAAGAACAGCUUGCGGAAUUCAAACGCAACUGCGGCGCGCAAGCGCGUACCCAUGUGUUCAACCUCAUGCAGCAGGGUCGGCUGGGCCUGCCGGUCCAAGGCCAGGUCCCAACGCCGCCUCAAGCGCAGGUACAGCACAUGGCAGCCCUGCAACAGCAGCAGCAGCAGCAGCAGGCUCAACAGAUGGGGGGAAUGUAG